AUGAAAGUAUUGUCUGAUGCUUUUAAACCACACCAGAAAACCUUCAGGCCUCACACCAUUAUCCUACAUGGAAGACCAGGAGUUGGGAAGUCCGCUUUGGCCAGAAGUAUCAUUCUGGGCUGGGCACAGGGUAAACUCUACCAAGACAUGUCCUAUGUCUUCUUCUUCUCUGUCAGAGAAAUGAAGUGGACAGAAAAGAGUAGUUUGGCACAGCUGAUGGCCAACGAGUGGCCACACUCCCAGGCUCCAGUGACAAAGAUCAUGUCCCAACCAGAAAGACUCUUGUUUGUCAUAGAUGGUUUGGAUGAUAUGGACUCUGCCCUCCAACAUGACGAUAUGACACUCUCCAGAGACUGGAAGGACAAACAGCCCAUAUACAUCCUGAUGUACAGCCUCCUGAGGAAGGCCCUCCUAUCCCAGUCCUUUCUCAUCAUUACCACCAGAAACACGGGCUUAGAAAACCUCAGGUCGAUGGUGGUGUCCCCCCUCUACAUACUGGUUGAAGGACUAUCUGCAUCAAGGAGAUCUCAACUAGUCCUCGAGAACAUCCCUGAUGACCAUCAAAAAAUACAAGUCUUCCAUUCUGUGAUAGAAAAUCACCAGCUAUUUGACCAAAGCCAGGCCCCCUCCUUUUGCUCGCUGGUCUGUGAGGCUCUACAGCUGCAAGAGAAGCUGGGUAAGAGUUGCACCCUACCCUGCCAGACUCUCACUGAUUUAUAUACCACCUUGGUGUUCCACCAGCUCACCUCAAGAGGGCCUUCCCAGAGGGCACUCAGUAAGGAAGAGCAAAUUACCCUAGUGGGUUUGUGCAGGAUGGCACUGGAGGGAGUGUGGACCAUGAGGUCGGUGUUCUAUGAUGAUGACCUGAAGAGCUACAGUCUAAAGCAGUCUGAGAUCUCAGCCCUCUUUCACGUGAACAUCCUUCUCCAGGUUGGCCACAGCAGUGAGCAGUGUUAUGUUUUCUUCGACCUCAGCCUGCAGGAUUUCUUUGCUGCCUUAUAUUAUGUUUUAGAAGGGCUGGGGGAAUGGAAUCAGUAUUUUUCCUACAUUACAAACCAAAGGAACAUCAUGGAGGUGAAGAGAUCCAGCGACUCUCACCUCCUCGAGAUGAAGCGUUUCUUAUUUGGCCUCAUGAACAAGGAUACCUUGAAGACUCUGGAGGUUCUGUUUCGAUGUCCUGUGACCCCGCCUAUUAAGCAGAAGCUCCAACACUGCCUCUCUCUGAUAGGUCACCAGGUCAAUGGCUCCAGCCCAAUGGAUACCCUGGAUGCCUUCUACUAUCUCUUUGAGUCUCAGGAUGAAGAGUUUGUUCACAUGGCUCUCAAAAGCUUCCAAGAAGUGUGGCUUCUGAUUAACCAGAAGAUGGACUUGAUGGUAUCUUCCUACUGUCUCCAGCACUGUCAGAACUUGAAGGCAAUCCGGGUGGAUAUCAGUGACCUCUUCUCAGUGGAUAAUACUCCCAAGCUGUGCCCUGUCGCUCUCCAGAAGACACAAUGCAAGCCCCUCAUCAUAGAGUGCUGGGAAAACUUCUGCACUGUGCUCAGCACCCAUCCGAACUUGAAGACACUGGACUUGGGCCACAGCAUCUUGAAUGAAUGGUCCAUGAAGAUUCUAUGCCUCAAGCUGAGGAAUUCAUCCUGCAGCAUACAGAAUCUAACGUUUAAGAAUUCAGAGGUAGUUUCUGGCCUGCAGUAUCUCUGGAUGCUCCUUGUUAGCAAUCGGAACUUAAAGUACCUCAAUCUAGGGAACACGCCCAUGAAGGACGAUGACAUCAAGUUAGCCUGUGAAGCACUGAAACAUCCAAGCUGUUCUCUGGAGACUCUGAGGUUGGAUUCCUGUGAGUUAACCCUCACUGGUUAUGAGCUGAUCUCCAAGCUCCUUCUUUCAACCAGCAGCCUAAAGUGUCUCAGCCUGGCCAAAAAUAAGGUGGGGGUAAAGAGUAUGACAUCCCUUGGGGAAGCCUUGAGUAGCUCUACGUGUCCACUGCAGAAGCUGAUACUGAAUCACUGCAACAUUAUGAAGGAUGCCUACGGCUUCCUGGCGUUGAUACUGGCAAACAACAGAAAGCUGACGCACCUGAGCCUGACCAUGAACCCUGUAGGGAAUAGUGCAAUGAAGCUACUGUGUGAAGCUUUAAAGGAGCCGACUUGCUACCUUCAAGACCUGGAACUAGUGGACUGCCAGCUCACGGAGAGCUGCUGUGAAGACCUGGCCUGUAUGAUCACAACAACCAAGCACUUACAGAGCUUGGAUCUUGGGAACAAUGCCCUCGGUGACAAAGGAGUCAUAACCCUGUGCAAAGGAUUGAAGCAAAGUAGCAGCUCCCUGAGGAGACUUGGGUUGGCAGCAUGUGGGUUGACUUCCAAAUGCUGUGAGGUAUUGUCAUCGGCCCUCUCUUGCAACCCGUACCUGAACAGCCUGAACCUAGUAAGAAAUGACUUCAAUACAUCAGGGAUGUUGAAGCUCUGCUCUGUGUUCCAAAACCCUGCCUCUAACCUGUGGAUAAUUGGCCUGUGGAAGCAGCAGUUCUAUGCCCAGGUGAGAAGACAGCUGGAAGAAGUGCAGUUUAUCAAGCCCCACGUGGUGAUUGAUGGCGACUGGUAUUCUAUUGAUGAAGAUGACCGUAAUUGGUGGAAAAACUGA